AUAAUAAAAAAAAAACAUUUAUUAAAAAAAACAAAAGCAACAAGCAAAGUCGACAAAUACAACACAUCAUUGAAAAGUCUCUUUCUUUCUUUCUUUCUUCCAAAUUGAAAUUCAACAACAAAAAAAUUUUAAAAAAAACUUUUUUAUUUUUAAUUUUUGAAUUGUAGAAUUAUUAGAAAAACUUCACGCGCCGCCGUUUCUCUAUCCAAAUCUGAAAUCUAACCGCCGCCACUGCUGCAACUGCCGUCUUUAUGAAUCGGAGCAACUAUGGGCGGAGUAACGUCCUCGAUUGCUGCGAAGUUUGCUUUCUUUCCACCACAACCACCUUCAUACACUGUCACCGUUUCUGAAACAACCACCACCGGAGACAAUUCUCCGGUGACGAAGCUUUCGAUUCCGGAAGUUCCGAUGAAAGAGAACGUUGAUGUAUUGAAGCUGAAAACAAGGAGAGGGAAUGAAAUAGCGGCGGUGUAUGUUAAGUACCAUAGACCUACAUGCACCAUGCUUUACUCCCAUGGAAAUGCUGCUGAUUUGGGUCAGAUGUUUGAACUCUUCGUUGAAUUGAGUAAUAGACUCAGAAUUAAUGUUAUGGGCUACGAUUACUCUGGUUAUGGGCAGUCAACAGGAAAGCCAACUGAAUAUAAUACAUACGCAGAUAUUGAAGCUGCAUAUAAAUGCCUGAAGGAGAAAUAUGGGGUAAAAGAUGAACAAUUGAUAUUGUAUGGUCAAUCUGUUGGUAGUGGUCCUACACUUGAUCUUGCUUCAAGGAUAUCAGAAUUGAGAGGCGUUGUGUUGCAUAGUCCAAUUUUGUCAGGGCUUAGAGUACUAUACCCUGUAAAACGAACAUAUUGGUUUGAUAUUUAUAAGAAUAUUGAUAAAAUUGGUCUGGUCAAAUGUCCUGUUUUGGUUAUCCAUGGGACAGCAGAUGAAGUUGUAGAUGUGUCUCAUGGAAAACAGCUCUGGGAACUUUGCAAGGAAAAGUAUGAACCCUUGUGGGUAAGUGGUGGUGGACAUUGUAAUCUUGAGCUUUACCCGGAGUUCAUUAAACACCUAAAGAAAUUUGUACAGACAAUUGGAAAACCUAAAGCAGCAACUGCAAAUGGUUCUGAAAAGGAAACUGUAGAAACUGAGAAUGAAGGUAACAAAUCUAGCAAAGAAUCAGAAACUGGCACUUCUAGUACUUCUGAAUUGAGUAAAGAAAUUCCUGAAGCUUCUAGAAACAGUUUAGAUAGCCGUCUUAAAAAGUCUAAAAAACCAGACAAACCAGAAAAAUCUCGAAUGAGCACAGAUCAUGUUGAUAGGUUUAGGAGAAGAAAGGGUUUAGUUUGGUAGUCUCUCACAUGGUUUGUAUCCAAAAUAAUUUAUUUGCUCAUAUUCACUAUUCCACGGAUCCGGCUCCCCUACAGUCAAGAUUUUUCACAUUGAUGCAGUCGGGACAUCAGUGACCUUUCAAUCAAGAUUAGAUGGUCCAAACUUAAACUUAGUGAUUUGAAUUUUAAAAUUAAAAUCUGCACUAUUUUGGACCAUCCAAUCUUGAUCGAACGGCCACUAACGUCCACAGCCGCGUGAAUGCGGGAUCCUUUUAUUGCAGGGAAUCCGAAUUCCUAUUCCACUCCUCGAGUAAUGAUGCCUGUUCUACGAUGAAUACCUUGAGUGAGUUUUCUGUAUGUUAAAAUGAUUGAAAGUAAUAUAUGCAUUUGUUUGGCCUUGUAAAAUCAACAUCCUGAUCUGUCAAAAAAAAAAAAAAACAAAAUCAACAUCCUGAUGUAGUAAAUGUAAUCAUUAUGGUAAUUUGUUUUGGUAAA